CGGGAAAACAAACGGUAAUGUCUGUAAGGCGGAACAAGUGAGAAUGGCAAUAGCAACCAAGUGAAAUGGAUAAGGAAGCCCAAAAAAGAUGAGCUUCAUUGCUCGUAUUCUUCUCCCGACCAUCGCUUCUUCCCCACCAAACUCGAUUCUGCAACUACCUACUCCGGUUCUGAAAUCCCACAAUCGAAACCCUACACCCGUCAUCCUGCCUAAUCUCCUCUCUUUAGUUCUCGCCGUAUCCUUCACCUCUCCAUUACCUGCUUCCGCUAUCCCUUCCCUCAAUUCUCAGUCCUCGCCUCCCAUCUCCCUCACCACUCCUUUUUCUCAAUCUAAGAACUUGCAGCUUGGGCUAGAAAAUGGAAAAAUUUUGCCUUGCCCUUCGGUCAAUCCAGGUUGUAUAUCCACGAACCCCAGGUCAUCUUCGUUUGCAUUCCCUUGGACGAUUCCUGAAAAUUCAUCAGACGAUGCAAUGCAGAAAUUGAGCGAAGCAAUCCAAAAGACCCAGAAAAAUGUGAAAUUUCAGCCCGUGGAAGACACUCCUUACGGGAGAUAUUUACAAGCUGAGGUUGAUGGGGGAUUUGGCAAAGACGUGCUUGAGUUCCUAGUGAAAGGAGAUGUGGUUACUUACAGGUGUAUGGCUACAAAAGUAACCUACGUGUAUCCUUUCACUACAGCUUUAGGAGAUUCCAAGGGUCAGGAAGCUAGACUCAAGCAAAUUAGGGAUCAGUUAGGCUGGUUUGCUCCGGAUUUUGAUUCCAUGGAAUAAGCUUGCUUCUUCUUUUGCUGUAUUAGCUCUCUGAUAAUGACAUUCGCACGUUGCCGAGUGACUCUGUGCCUAUAUUCUGUAUUGGGAUGGGUCGUGUGGCUUUAUUCCAUAUGCCGGAGGCAUUAUUCUGCCUUUCCUUUUUCUUGUUCAUUUUCGUUAUUGUUUUCACCAGUCUUCCUGCGCCGUGUUCAAGUUAAUGAAAAUUAAAGCGUCCUACAGAAA